UAAAUGGGCAGCUAAUUCACUGUUGAGAUGGAGCCUAUGAUAACAGCAACUCCUAAGGAUUUAUGUCAUUCACACGCUCAUCUUUUCAAGUCCCACCACUGAUCAUAUCUCUUUUCUUCUAUCUCUAUCGAACUAAAAACGAGGAACCAAAAGGGGAAGCUGAAUUAUUCCAUCAUUCAUCACAUGGGUAGUUUUCCCAGUAAGAAAAGGAGCCAGUACUUAGGGGGAAAAGAUCGCCAUGUCGGGAGUUUAACUGAGAAGAUAAGGCUUUUGAAGGAGGAAAUCAAAGAGAUGAUGAAUGAAAGGGAGAAAGAGAGUAGAGCUUAUGAGAGAGAGGUGAUGAUGUUUGCAUUGAAGGAAGGUGAGUGGAAGAAAGAGAGGAAGAGACUGAGAGAGGAGGUGAAGAGCUUGAAGAAGAAUUUGGAAGAAAAAGAAGAAAAAAUCAGAUUAAUGGAAGAAAAUGGAGUGGUGGUGGUGGUGGAGGAGAAAGAGAAUACUAGCAUUGAAAAACAAUGGGAAUUUUUGGGGACAAGCUUCUUGCUUGAACAAAUGCGAGAGGAAAGAGCUAGAAGAGAUGAAGCUGUGGAGAAAUGGAAACAGCUCUAUCUCACUAUCAAAGCCGAGCUUGAUGAUCUCAUUCAGCGAACACAUAAUGGAGAUGGGCUAUAUUGGAGAGCAGAGGAAGAAGACAUGAUCAAAGAGCUAAGGAUGGAGCUGAAAGAGAAGCAAGAGAACAUGGAAGCUCUAAAAGCUCAGUUAGUUUCAGCUAAACGUGAAGUACACAAAAGGGAACGGGAAAUUGACAUUCUGAGGCAGAGUUUCAGAAUUAUGAGCUGCAACAAAAAGGCGGCAGCCGCAUCGCGUAGUGUCAGCACAAAUGUCUGCACCAGUUUUGCACUUGUGAAACAGACCGAUGGGAAAAGCAAAUGAAGAUCACUAAGUAUUCAAAGAUUUGAAGUCAAUAAGCAGAAUUAAUUGAAAUUUGCAUAAGUGGUUUAUGUAAGAGAAGGAGUCAGAAUGAACAAUUUGCAUUUCUUUACUGGAUCCUGAAAAAUCACAAUGCAGAAACUUUCUGCAAGAUUAAAAGUUGGGAGUAAAUUGUAGCAUUGAUUUGUUUUCAAA